AUGGAAAGCAAUAAUAAGUUAAGAAGAGCUCCACUCUCAAUGAAGCAGAGACUUGAAAUUGUGCAGCAUCUGGAAAGUGGCGUGUCCAUCAGUACACUUGCUGCUGAAUAUGAUGUUGCUCCUGUCACAGUCCGCCGCAUUAAGCGAAAUGCAGUGACAGUUAGUCAGUUCACCGACCAAGGUUUUGACAAGGGACAUAGAAAAACUCUACGAAGGCCAGUAAAUGAAGAACUGGAUAAUCGAUUAUACACAUGGUUUGUAGAACGCAAAACCCUUAGCGAGCCAAUCACAGACUUGUUGAUGGUAGAAAAAGCAGCAGAACUGAAUAGAGAAAUUGGAGGGCCAUCAGGUUUUAAAGCAAGUAGAGGCUGGCUGUGGAGAUUCAAAAAUCGCCACGGCAUUCGAUUAUUUGUUCAAAAUGAUGACACAAGUACAGUAGCUGCCCAACAAUUUGUAGAAACUUUUGUUCGGCACUUAGAAGAAGAAGAUAUUGAUAAAGAAAAUGUUUAUAAUAUGAAUGCAACCAGUCUUUCAUGGAAGACUCUUUCUAAGAAAAUUUUUGAUCAUAGUGGGGAGAAAAGAAUUGAAGAAAAAAAUAUGAAUAAGGAUCGGGUAACUAUAGGCUUGUGUGCUAAUGUAACAGGAAGUCAUAAGCUUGUACCUUUGUUUAUUAACAGAUUUGAGAAUCCAAGGGUCUUGAAAUAUUGGAAACAUCGGCUGCCUGUGAUCUAUAAAGCCCAGCAACAAGCCUUUAUGGAUCAAACUGUUUUUGCUGACUGGUAUCAGAACUACUUUAAGCCAGAUGUGAUGAAAUAUCAAUUGCAUAAUGGUACUUGUGGGAAAGUUGUUCUUCUUUUAGAUAACUCCCGUGAAUACAAUAUACAAUAUCUGGAAGAAUUGCAGGGGGAUGAACGUUUCCAAAUUGUAUUUUUGCCUCCAAAUACCAGCCACCUGCUGCAGCCCAUAGACCAAGUGCUUGAGAAAACGAAAAAGGCCUAUCGUCACAAGAUGUUGAACAGAGCAAUGAGUUAUCCCGAUGGAAUACAAGAAUUUUAUUCUAAUUACGACCUUAAAGAUUGUAUUCAUUUAUUGUAUGAGGCAUGGUUAGAAAUGAGUGUCUUAGACAUUCAAAAUUCGUGGAAGAAUCUGAUUAAACAAGUCGCUGAAGGAGAACCAGAGAAUCUGUUUGAGUCCACCCUAGAGAUUAUAGACAUUGAGGAGCAAGAAGAAAGAACUACAGAUUUUUUAUCAAAGUGUAUUGAAACCAAAAACCAUUUCCUUGAGAAAACUGAAAGUUUCUCCAAUGGUGAUAAUCAAUCAUCGUUGUUAGGUACAUUAUCCGACAAGGGUGAAAUCAUAAAAGCUCUAAAAACUCUAAUGAUCUGGUCAAAAGAGGAAUCUGAGAUUAUUAAGUUGAACGUAAAGUAUUUAAAAGAUUAUUAUGAACUUCGGUGA